CGUGUUGUUUCUCUCAAGCAGAUGACCGCUCGCCUGAUGCUGGCGGUGGGAGGAGCAGUGCUGGGCUCCCUGCAGUUUGGCUAUAACACCGGAGUCAUCAACGCUCCACAGAAGGUGAUUGAAGAUUUCUACAACCAGACGUGGCUUUAUCGCUAUGAGGAGCCGAUCACCACGGGCACCCUCACCACCCUAUGGUCCCUCUCGGUGGCUAUAUUCUCCGUUGGGGGAAUGGUCGGCUCCUUCUCCGUUGGGCUGUUCGUCAAUCGCUUUGGCAGACGCAACUCCAUGCUCAUGUCAAACAGUCUCGCCUUCCUGGCGGCUGUCCUCAUGGGGUUCUCCAAGGUGGCCUACUCCUUCGAGAUGCUCGUCCUUGGCCGCUUCGUGGUCGGGUUGUACUCCGGUCUCACCACGGGCUUCGUGCCCAUGUACGUGGGGGAGGUGUCUCCUACGGCGCUGCGAGGGGCACUUGGAACAUUCCACCAGCUCGGCAUCGUCGUGGGCAUCCUCAUUGCACAGGUGUUUGGCAUGGACUUGAUCAUGGGCAACGAGUCGUGGUGGCCGCUCCUGCUGGGCUUCACCUUCGUCCCGUCCUUGCUGCAGUGCAUCAUCCUGCCCUUUGCCCCCGAGAGCCCUCGCUUCCUCCUGAUCAAUCGCAACGAGGAGAACAAAGCCAAGAGCGUCCUGAAGAAGCUCAGAGGGACGACGGACGUCAGCAGCGACCUCCAGGAGAUGAAAGAGGAGAGCCGGCAGAUGAUGAGGGAGAAGAAAGUCACGAUCCUGCCCAUCCUCAUCGCCAUCGUGCUGCAGCUGUCUCAGCAGCUUUCUGGGAUCAAUGCGGUCUUCUACUAUUCUACCAGCAUCUUUGAAAAGUCGGGCGUGGAGCAGCCGGUCUACGCCACCAUCGGCUCUGGGGUGGUGAACACUGCGUUCACGGUAGUCUCGCUUUUUGUGGUGGAGCGAGCCGGGCGCAGGACUCUGCACCUCAUUGGCCUGGCGGGGAUGGCAGGCUGCGCGGUGCUCAUGACGAUUGCCCUGGUGCUGCUGGACCAAAUGCCCUGGAUGUCCUACCUCAGCAUCGUUGCCAUCUUCGGGUUUGUGGCUUUCUUUGAGAUUGGCCCGGGUCCCAUCCCUUGGUUUAUCGUGGCAGAAUUGUUCAGCCAGGGCCCUCGUCCUGCUGCCUUUGCUGUGGCUGGCUUGUCCAACUGGACCUCCAACUUCAUCGUGGGCAUGGGCUUCCAGUAUGUCGAGCUACUCUGUGGCCCGUACGUCUUCAUCAUCUUCACCGUGCUGCUGAUCCUCUUCUUCGUCUUCACCUACUUCAAGGUGCCUGAGACGAGGGGCCGGACCUUCGACGAGAUUUCCUCUGGGUUCCGCCAGGGCGGUGCCAGCCAGAGCGACAAGACGCCCGACGAGUUCCACAGCUUGGGGGCUGACUCCCAGGUUUAACAAGCCAGCAGCAAGUCCCUCUGCUCCAAGCCACUGAACUGUCCCGAGUGUUGUAAUGCUUGUUCAGAAACCAGGCAGGAGGACUGCGGGGCGCGGUUGGGUGCAUUCGUUCCAUCUCCAGAGGUCCCUCCCGCCCCCACCAGCCAUCCGGUUGGCCAGCAAUAAACUGACACACAUUGGCUAGGAAUUUUAGGUGGCUUCACGUCCAGGAUUUCAAAGAUGAUAGCGUCAGAAACAACAACUCAUGUUUUAAAUCCAACCCCCUCCUCUGUUUGAGAGAUUGAAGUGGUUCCCUUAGUAAUGAAGUGACAGAUGCUUUAACGAGAAGCUUUUAACAGGUCAAUACUUCUAAAGGUUGUUUUUUAAUCCCAGAAGAAAGUGUUUUAUGACAUAUUUAAAAUGAAUUUUAAUGUCUCAAACUGUCUGAAAUUUCAACCCCCUAGUGGGUUGGGGGAGCAAGAUUCUACCCCCAGGAGCUACAGGGUAAGGGGAGAAGGUCUGAAUAGUAGCUGCACCUGAUCUGUGCCCAGGAGAAGCUCUGACAUGCCUGUAGUGAUUGGGGCAGUCCUAGAGGGACCAGCCUUUUGGGCUCACUGCAUCUCCCAGGAUUUACAAUCUCCAAGGGCAGCUUCUCAGUCCUUCUGGUCCUCAGCGGAGUAUACUUCCCUCAUCUGAAUGGAUCACUUCUGAGUCAGAUGGGUACAGUGUGGGUGGGGCGAAGGGGUUUUUUGGGGGGUGGGGGAGUAAAACUACUGUUUGUCUGGCAAUAUUUGCCAUUAGGUCAAUUGCAGUGCAUGUGGGCAGGGAAGCCUCAUUACUGAAAAACCAGCAGUAAACUGCUCUCUCGUUGGAAAGAGGGUGUGG